AUGCUAUUCACUAUCAGAAUAAUACAAUUGUGUUUAUCUUUGUCCUAUGUUGUAGCGUUAUACCUGUCUACGGAUCGACCAGUGUCACAAAAACAAAGAAACGACCCUCAGAUCAUUUGUCAAAGAAUGAAAUAUAUUGUGUACAUGUGUUGUAUAAGUAUUGCUAUAUUGCCCUUGAUCCUCAGUCAAGUUAUCAAUAGAGAUUUAUCAUAUACUGAUCUUAUUUUACAAAUUGGGAUGAUACCAGGGUACCAUUUCAAUGGAACAUGGAAUUUGACCAGGUGGAUAUAUAAUAAUAUAAGAUCUGUUACUCUAAUCUGUGUCUUAUAUAUGGGAUCAAUAAUUGAUUUAAUCUUAUAUUAUAUAUUGUAUGCGGGAUACAAGGAAAUAUUGUAUGAUUUUGUAGGGAAUUUCAAUGAUAUUUGGGGGAUAAGGAAUCAUAUAUUUGCACCGAUAACAGAAGAAUUGGUGUUUACUGGGAUGCUGUUAACAUGCCAAAUGUCGUCGUUAAAUGUGUCAUUGAAGACUUGGUGGGAUCUAUUACAGUUUAUAGUAGAGCCGUCAUUGUGUUUUGGGAUAGCGCACAUACAUCAUGCAUGGGAGAUGAUUCAAGAUGAGGAACAGUAUUCUAUGGCUCAUAUUUUUAUUAUUACCAUGUUUCAAGCUUUGUAUACUACUAUCUUUGGUGCAUUAAGUAAUUAUAUUUAUAUAGUUACAGGUGGGAAUCUAUGGUCCUGUAUACUGUUACAUGGGAUAUGCAAUCUGUUAGGUUUCCCAGGUAAAUCAGAAUUAGCCAAUAAAAUAAGGUCACCUAUGAAAAGAAGGUUAUGGAACCGUCUGUACAUAAGUUUAUUGGUCAUUGAUUUGAUAUGUUUCAGUUGUAUGUUAUUUUUGAUGACAGAUUAUUCAAGCUACGUAUUUUAG